AUGUUCUACGGGCUGUUCGUCGUCUUCUGGGCCCUCAACGCGUCGUCGCACAUCGCCGGCGAGUACUGUGCGCUCGAUCCGAACUCGACGAUGCCGCCGCCGGAUGCGGCCGACGAGUGUACCACGGAGAAUUGGAAUGUUUUUCCGAAUCCGGCAACUAGGAAUGCUACGGGUCACUACUGUAAAGUGCUAUUUCUCCUCGACCUGUCCCCGGAUUAUGUGACUCGGGAGGAAUUUGAUAAGGCGCUUUUGCCGGCGCUCGCCCAGAUGGCUGAUCAAUGUCUUGACGUGGAAGUUGGGUACGCCGUCAUUGCAUUUCCACUAUUUUAUAAGAACGAAGAGACGGUCAAGUACUGCUGCGCGGUGGCCGGCUGCGACGAAACGUUCACGACAACGAUGGUCGACUACGAUAAAUGGGUGCAACCGUACGACGACGUCCAGCAGGACCAGUAUUUCUGGAACGAGACGACGUCCGCGAAUUUUAGCUACGCCUUUUUGAUCGAGCUGAAAAACGUGGCGAAUACGCCGUGCCUCUACAACACCGUCGUGCUGAUCACCAAUCGACUUUUCAAUUAUCAGUCCGGGCUGAAUAAGGAUUUCCCCUACGUCCCCGACGAGGGCUGCAUCACGUUUUCGGUGAUUUUGCUUGGGAGACCAGAUAUCCCGAACGAGGACUUCGAGAAGCAGUAUGCCAAUUUAUCAACAAAACUGCUGCAAGUGAACAACAUUUCGUGCAUCUACGAGAUUGCCCACUGCAUCCCGCCGUGUGGAAACGUUUCCCUGAAUCAGUGUUACGACAACGCCAAUUGGUCGUGCCCGUAUCCGUCGCUGGCCCCGCCCACAACAAGGAGGACCGUCGCGACAACCACCGCGCAUACGGUGAGCCCGACAUCAGAAUACGGUGGCGAUUGGGAGCAUAUCGUCUACCUGUUCGCCCUCUCCAACAAUACGAACAAAACCGAAUUCUCGAAUGCGCUCUAUUUUGUGGAGACGCCGCUGGCUGACUGCUUGAGCCGCUUCAACCUGGUGGCCCGAUUCUUGGCGGUGAACGACACCGACAGCGGCUGGCUCCACGACAUCGAGUCGAUCCAAGCCUUUCUUGUCGGCCUGAAGCACGAGGAGAUCAUCCUUCCGGCGAAAGUCGUAAACGAUACGGAAGAGCGGCAUACGGAGGAUUUGGUGGUGAGGGCCUAUGGGAGUCUCGUGAAUGAAGGCGAGAGCAAAUGGGGACCCAGAGUCAUUCUUAUGACGGAUUUUGUGUCCUGGAACUUCAUCGACGCCUACCGGGCCUCGGCCCCGUCGGCCGCUUUCAAAUGGCUGCAGCAGCACGCCAACUUCGAAGUGUACGCCUUCAGUAUGGCGGUGCAGAAGAUCUACGAGGCGGAGACGACGAUCCCCGCCCGGAACCUGUUCGUCGACGACGGUUUCACGAAGGCGCCGGGUCCCACCGACAUUUGCCCGCCAAAGGACAAAUCGACGGGGAUGCCGAGCACGACGAUAUGGAUGAUCAUCAUCGGCGUGUCAUUUGGGCUGAUGAUAAUCCUGCUGGUGUGCACGGUGGUUUACCGGCAGAAGUUGAUGUGGAUGCAGAAGUUGUACCUGUUCAAAAAUAAGGACGGCGACGAGGAGAUGGAGGAGGACGGGAAAACGGAAGCCGCCAACAAUGACGAUGAUAUCAUCGACUACUGGGAAAUCUCGUGGGAUCGGCUGAUCGUCAGCUCGGAAAAGCUGGGCCACGGCGCCUACGGGCUGGUGUAUAAAGGAAAAAUGCUGGGCCAAUCGCCGGGCCUCGAACACUACUACCCACAUGAAGCGGCCAAUUUUCGGGACUGCGACGUGGCCGUGAAAAUCAUCCAGAAGCACGCGUCUGAAAAGGAGCUCCAGAUGUUCCUCCACGAGAUCGAUAUGAUGAAAACCCUCGGCUUCAACGAGCAUCUAGUGAAUAUGCUGGGAUGCAGUACGCAGUCGGCGAAACGGUCGUGUUUGGUGCUGGAGUACUGCGCGAAUCGCGACCUGAAAAGCUAUAUUUUGAGGCGGCGCUCCGAUUUGGAUCAGAGCCGCUCAAUCGACGAGCAAAUCGACUGCACCAAGGAGUUUUUGCACUUUGCGUGGCAGAUUCUUGUAGGAAUCAAU